AUGCCCUGCGCGCCAAAAAUUGGAGGUGUGUACCGCUUGUGGGUUAACGACGAAUUUGAAGAGAUUCUUUUUGAGGAUUAUCGACAACCACCAACGACUCGACAAUCAUUCAAGAUGCCGAGCCACAAGUCUUUCCGCACCAAGGUCAAGCUGGCCAAGGCCCAGAAGUCCAACCGCCCCAUUCCCCAAUGGAUCCGUCUCCGUACCGGAAACACGAUCAGGUACAACGCCAAGAGGAGGCAUUGGAGAAAGACCCGUAUUGGAAUCUAGACGACUCGCUCUCUGGUUUCUGAUACACCCCACCACCGACGAACAUCCUGGUCACGAACACACGACGACUACGAAAAUGGGUUGCUAUUGAUUGAGAAAGGAUCUUUGCAGGCGGGAUGGUUCGGUCGGAUUGGUUGGGGGAGGGGAUAAGGUGGAUAGCAUGAGAUCAAUGGAUUGCUGAUGCACGAAUUUUCUGCCA